AUGCUCUCUUUUGCAACACCAAUUGACAACAUCGGACAGAGACUUGAAAAUCGGCACGAUGUCUUAACACUGCUAUCAAAGACACCUUUUUGGGCAUUGAUAGAAGCAUAUAUCCAGAGAAGGUUAACAAAGGUAGAGUGCAUGAAGUCUAACUAUGACAUCGUGAGACUCAUACAAGUUUAUGACACAAAGACAAAGAAGUUCAAGUUUAAUGAUGGUGACAGUGAGAUGAAAAGCAAAGAUGUGGCUGAAAUUUUUGGCUUGCCAAAUAGAGGCAAGAAGUUACCAAGCACAACAACCUCAACAAGGCCAAAUUUGCAUUUUGUAAAGAAAUACUUCACGCAGUAUAAGAAGAUAACAAAGACUUCAAUUGAUAAGUGCUUGAACUUAGCACUUGAAGAUGAAACAGAAUAG